UCUGUCUUUCUACAAAAAUUAAAUUUGGUGCAGGACCAGAAGAGCAAGAGCAACUUUGCGAUCGACAAUUAUAAAAGAGUGGCUGCUGCUUCUGUUGAAAACCAUCAGAAGCGCUUUGCUCCGUUACCUCUCAGAGAAGAGCACGCAUCAUGGCUGAUGAGAGACAGAUGGCAAUGGCCACUAAGAAGCUGAAGGCCCUGAAAGGAGGGCUUGUGUCCGACGUGGUCUUCCUCGUCGGCGCGACGGAUGCCACUGCGCAGGAGAUUCAUGCCUUUCGGUCUGACCUUGUGGUGAGCAGCGAGUUCUUCGUGAGCCUGCUGGACAGCCCUCUGACCUUGAAACGCGACGGGAAAAUCAGGCUGAAAAACAUCGAGCCAAAAGUGUUUGAACUGGUCAUCGAGUUUACGCAUUUGUGUGGACACCUGGUGUCCGAAGUGGACAGUCUGGACUGUUGCCUCCAGUUGGCAGCGGCCGCCGAUGAAUAUAUGAUCUACGAACUUGGAUCUGAGUGCUCGAAGCUGCUCGAGGACAAUUUCCUCACCGUGGACAACGUGUGGACAGUGCUGAGCCAGCAUUACAUGGUGGAAGCCGUUUCCUCAGUGUGUCUCAAGAUUCUAGGCUCGAAGACGAGCGUCUGUUUGAAGCAGGCGAGUUUCCUCGAGGCCAGCGAGGAAACAGUGAAGCUCUUCUGCAAUUUAGACAAGAUGAGCAUCGAAUCCGAGUCAGAACUCCUGAGUGCUUGUCUCAAAUACAUCAAGACAAAAAGGAAUCAGAGAGAGUUGUUUCGGCAAUGCUGUCUUCCUGGCCUUCGGCUUCUGACUCUCGACUCUGCUGACCUGGCCAAGGUGUUUCCCAUGCUGACGCGAGAGGAGAAGACCAGCGUUUUGAUCAGUACAAGCCCUCUGAUCGGGGCAAAGAAGCCUCAGCUCGCGCCUGGGCUCUGUCCCAUCUCGAUAGGAAGAUCGCUCAUUACGGAAAUGCUGAGCCAGCAGACGCUGAAUUUGGUCCACGACAGCCACAUCCUCGGCGUCAGAGAGGUUUUCUUGACUGGAGCUUACGUGGCGUGUUCCAAUAACUUCUACGAACAAAAUGCGAGUGGCGGAGGUCGCUGCUGGGUUUCCCUCGCGCUUUCCCCGAAAAGAAGAAUCAGAAUCACAGGCUUUGAGCUGGUCAACAUCCUGGACUUGAACAAGGAGGUUUUCGCCAACAGUGCCAAGAGAAAACCAUGUGGAAGAGUGACCGAAAUCACCGCAACUGUGGACAAUCAGCAGAAAAGCCUGUCAUCUUUACUCUCCGAAGACGUGACACUUCCAGAAAAUUUUCCACUGAAUGGCUGCACCUUGAUCAAUCACUCUGCUCUGGUUCCUGCUGGUGGAUCUUUCACUUUGAAGGUGUUUUUCAAGGACGGUUGCGUCGUGAGGACUCAGCGGUCCACAGAACAUCAGGUGAAAAGGAUCAAUUCGAGCGCUGCCUUUGAUGUCUUCAGCAAGAUUGAAAUUUCUCAAAAUUUGAGAAUUUCUAACCACUUGAAGAAAAAGUGUCCUGCUCACACCAAGUUGUGCUUCUUCAAAUCAAUUCAAUUCACUGACAUCUAACUUUUGAGAAAGAUAUUGUUUUGACCAAAUCGUUGCAGCAUUUCUUUGAAGAGAAAGUUGGUCGUUCUUGAGUGAAAUCUUGCCUAAUGAAACAUUGUAUUUUAUUUCGAAAUAAAUUUCCACAUUAAAUCAAAUUCAAAAUUAUAACUCCUCGAACAUCGCGAUGAAAUCUUUUAAUACACCAAGGUUGACAUUAAUUAACUGUGUGGUGUAAUUUGUUCCUUUUUCAAGGAGAAGAUUGAACCUUUUUCUUUUGUCUGAGAGAA